GGCGCAGCUGCCUUGCUUACAACACCAACAAUGAAUUACUGUCGAAUGGAUCCUAUGACACAUCUCCACCAUCCACCGGACCCAACAGAAAACAGCUGACCGGCACAGAAAGAACCACGAGACUACCACCCUUCUCUCUCUAUCCUCGGCGGAUGCUUCUGUAAUCUUCAACAACGACCAGACUCAACUUCGAGCCAGCCCUUACGCACCUGAACAAGGCAACACGUACCUAGUUAUAUCUCAAAAUAAUUUUGUCUGCAGAUUCAUUCACGAAUUUGUGAACAACCCAUCUUAGGAACUUACAUUUGCAUCACCCUUUCAUCAUCCUCAUUGUUCGCCUCUGGAGUGUUUUCCGCUUCUCACCACAAUCACCGGGACCCCCAGAUAGCUCUCAUUCUCGAGAACCAGUUUCCAUUUAAACACACAAACAAUCAACCGAUUUUACAUCACGUCAAUCACGAUACGAUACUUGUCCGACUGGCCGGUUAACUACGAUGGCCGCCCUCAAGUUUGUGCCUUUCUCGUCAGAGGUCGAACUACCGUUUUAUUAUGCCCUGUUUGCCUCAAAGCUCGACACCGACAAGCUCGAUGAUUCGGCACGCCCGGUAACAGGCUUAUAUGAGCCCCGUUGGAAAGCCGAUGAAGCAUCGGGCACAAGAAUGCAAAUCUUCGGGAACGCACUCACAAACAGAGAUGCGCCUGCCGGCAUGACCCGUGCCAAAGGGUACAUUAAAAACGUGAACACGAUCGAGGACUUCAAAAACACCGACAAGAGUGCUAUGAUCACAGAUGCUGGACGUCAGAUAUGGGAGGCGAUCCAGGAUGGCACCAUCUACUCGGUGCCUUCACUCCUUUCUUCCUUCACCGUUCUCUCGUUUGCCGACCUGAAGAAGUACAAGUUCACCUAUUGGUUUGCUUUCCCCGCGCUCCAUUCGGAUCCUGCCUGGAAGCAAACUGGGCCGGUCGGGCGCAUGAAUGCACAGGAGAGCACGGCGCUCGUUGACUGUGUAGGGACCUGGCGGUACGCUGCGAGCAACGAAGGGGAGCAUGGCUUCUUCCUCGCCAAAAAGGUGCGGGGCGGGGAUGAUGACCCUUCAAGGCCAAGGCCCGACGACACUACUCCAGAUAUCGGCUAUCGAUGGCAAAUCGGCUCCCUGCGGGAUUUUGAGACCGGAUUCUUCAACGAUGUCAAUGAGGAGGACCGAUAUGUUGCCUUUGUGGACCCAUCCAACUACUCCGAGUCGCCAUCAUGGCCGCUUCGGAACCUCCUCGUCUUGAUCAAGCAGAGGUACCGCUUGAACAAGGUCCAGAUUCUGUGUUACCGCGAUACACAGGCGAGGAGGCACGAAGCCCGGAGUAUCAUUCUCCCAUUGUCUACCGACCCAGCCGAGGAUACACAGGCCGCUAAGAUGCCUAGUGUCACAGGCUGGGAGAGAGAUGGUGGCGGCAAGCUGAGGGCGCGCAUGGUCAAUCUAUCGGACUAUAUGGAUCCUACCCGGCUAGCCGACCAGGCGGUGGACCUGAAUCUGAAGCUGAUGAAGUGGCGGCUGGCUCCGGAGCUCGACCUUGACACCAUCAAGAACACAAAGUGUUUGCUACUCGGUGCAGGAACACUUGGAAGCUAUGUCUCAAGGAAUCUGAUGGGAUGGGGCGUGCGAAAGAUCACAUUCGUCGACUACGGCGCUGUAUCCUUCUCAAACCCAGUGCGGCAGCCCCUGUUCCGGUUUGACGACUGCAUUGAUGGAGGAAAGCCAAAAGCGCCUCGCGCUGCCGAGUCCCUCAAGGAGAUUUACCCGGGUGUCGAGUCCGAGGGGCAUGUCUUGUGUGUGCCGAUGCUCGGCCACGCCCUUUUGGAAGAGGAGAAGGUGAAGGCAGAUUUCGAAAAGUUACAGAAACUUGUCGAUGAGCAUGACGCCAUCUUCCUCCUCAUGGAUUCGCGCGAAUCGAGGUGGCUACCCACCCUGAUGGGCAAGGCCUCCAACAAGAUCGUCAUGAAUGCGGCGCUUGGGUUCGACACAUAUGUGGUAAUGCGACAUGGUGCGGCGCCAGAGGACGGCAGCGAGGAGACGUUGGGUUGCUAUUUCUGCAAUGAUGUUGUAGUUGCGGCGGAUUCUAUGAAAGACCAGACGCUAGAUCAGCAAUGCACAGUGACCCGACCGGGUGUAGCAGCUAUCGCCUCGGCCCUGUUGGUCGAGCUGCUGACCAGCGUGCUCCAGCACCCAAAGAAACAAUAUGCGCCGGCCCCAGUAUCCACAAAGGGACCGACAGGAUCCAACUACGAACGUGACCCGGUCGACCACCCGCUGGGUCUCGUACCACACCAGAUCCGAGGAUUCCUGUCUAACUUCCAGAACAUGAUCAUCCACGGCCGGUCUUACCCUCAGUGCAGCGCAUGCAGCCAGUCGAUUGUAUCGGCAUACAAAUCCGAGGGCUGGGGGUUUGUCAAGAAAGCGCUUUCCGACCGGAACUAUGUUGCUGAGCUUAGUGGUUUGGCCGAGGUGCAGAGACAGGCUGAGGCCGCGGCCGCAGAAGUGGAAUGGAGUGAGGACGAGGACCUGGCUGAGGAGGAGGGUGAGGGUGUUAUUCUCUAGCUGGAGCGGACUACAGAGGUAUUCCCUCGCUAACGGCGCAGGGGUUUCGGAACUUGGAGUUUGGUUGAGUUGAAAUUCGUGAGGACACAACUCAGUUUUCUAGACCCUUGGUAUUUGAUUUUUGAGUGAGCCUAUCAUUGGGGUCUUAUGAGACGUAGGCAUAUGAAUACAUGAAUACAUGGCCUUUUGA